GAACUGUCAAGAACUGCAACUGUCAAAAAAUGGUCCUAGUUGAUGAGAAGACGACGACGACGACGAUGCAACUCGGAAGACAGUUAAGAGCCCGAAAUCCGGACCAAGCCGUGACCGCAGUUGCUCCCACGACCACCAAGCAUGUCUUCCUUCCCGGAGAGCUGGAUAAUCUUGACCCUGGAACAUUGGCAUAUGAAUGCGUACAGGCGGCAGGUCACAUGAUCAAAGUUUUUCAAACUCAACAGAUUUUUGCGAAAAGGGGCGCACAAAUACUAAAAAAUUUUGGGAAUACGCUACAAGAACUUCGCUCAAGGAAGGCACAACAAGCUCAAAAAGAGGAAGAAGAAUCGGAAUCUGUCGAUCACGAGCCCAACCAAAAAAUCGAGCCGCUUCCGCCUCCUGUCGAAAGUGUUGCAAAUACGCUGCAAAGGCUUCAACUUACCGAGGACCUUAAUAUGAAGUCUCGCAAGAAUUCGAAAACAAUUUGUGGUUCAUCUAAUGAGACGACAGCAAGAAGAUCUCCAUCGGUUCCCCUCACUAACCAGCAAACUUUCAUUGCUGCCAACCCUGCAGCAAAAAGGGUCAGAGCCCAAUUUAACCUCCUGGAUUCGAAAGAUGGGCUUCAUUCUCAGAAUGAAGAUGAUAAGCUCAACAAAUCAGUUGAUAUAUUCUCUGAUGCUGAGGAUCUCCUUCCCGCACCACCAAAAAACAAAACAUCUUUGGGGAGACAAUUUUCGAAUAAGAUUACGUUUGAUUUUGCGACCACAUCAGAGAGGGAAUCAAUUCCGGUUCAACCAUCUAAAAAGUUUAUUUACGACCCCACGGAGAAAAAUGUGCUCGUGUCGGAAAUUCGGCGUUCGGCUCGGUUGGCUUCUCCGCAUCCCGUUUCUGCUCCUGCUGCGACUACCGUAGAAGCCAAAAAAUCCAUCCGUUCCCAAUGGGCGCAAAACGCGCCUCGCAAGAGGGCAGAAUCCGUAAAGAAAAGAAGAGAAACCUGCAAAAAGUUCAAUGACGAAUGGCAACAGAAAGUUAGCAGAAUUAAACUCAACAGGCUAACGGCCGCCCACAUUGGUCACCCCCCUCCCAGGAUUAGCCACAGAGUUUGGGAUAAUGUAGGAGGAUUAAAGCCCAGGCGACAUGUGAAUUCAAUGAUGAAGCAUCAAGGACAAUUUUCCAAUGUACGUACUCUUUUCGACUCUGAGCCAGGGAACUCCUACGAAAUUACGAGGUAUGAGGAUUUCGACGAGGAGUUGAAGCAUCGAGAGGACAAGGUGGUCCCAGCUUGGGUGAAUGAUAAACUUGAAAUUCAAAUCCUCUUGUUCAAACAGUUGGAUGCCACUAAGAUUAAACGGUUUCCCUUCCCCUCUGUCAAACAAGGCUACAGGCUCUUCAACACCGGCCGUUGAACUCAUAAAGUUGCAGAAAUUACUAAUAUUUUGUUAAAUCACUUUUGCCAAAGCAUACCUUAUUAUCCACCUUAGUAUCCUGUUUGUAAUUCCAUCUCCAGGUGGGAAUUAUACGAAUGUCAGCUAAAUACUUUGUAGAACCGACGAUGACAUUAUUGUAACGUAUUGGAAUAUUUAUUUUGAAGAAUUUUUAUAUUUUUGCAUGCGAAAUAAAGAUUAUGAUUUUCGUAAAAUGA